ACCUAUAAUUAUAAGGUGAUGGGAGAAAUAGAACGCAAACCACCAACUGAGGUCAUAAUCGAAGCUUCCAUCAUCAAUACUAGCCCAGAGAAGAAACACAGCUUUUCGAUCAACAAUGCUGCGGAGCCAUAUCCAUCUUCCAUCUUAACAAGGCUCCAUGCUGGGUAUUUUAGGAUAAGCCUUUCAGUUGGUGGCCAAGCUAUGUUAUGGAAGAUUCUGACUGAACCAAAUGGUACUGUAUCUCAAGAUGUCUGGCAACUAUUCCUCAAAGUCCCAUCUUCAGUUUGCUUGGUCCUAUGGUGCCUUGCGAUUUUAACACAAAUUUCACUGUCCUUUGUUUACAUCCUCAGAUGUUUCUUUCACUUUCACUUGGUGAAGGCAGAGUUCGUGCACCAUAUAGGAGUAAACUACUUUUAUGCUCCUUGGAUUUCAUGGCUUAUCUUGCUCCAAUCUGCACCAACACUUUUUCCAAACACUAGUAUUUACUAUCUGGUCCUCUGUUGGAUCUUUAUUGUUCCCUUGGCAAUGCUUGAUAUUAAAAUCUAUGGACAGUGGUUUACAACAGAGAAACGGUUUCUAUCAAUAAUGGCAAAUCCAACUAGCCAGAUAUCGGUGAUAGGGAACUUUGUAGCUGCUCGAGCUGCAGCAAAGAUGGGGUGGAAAGAGAGUGCAAUUUGUAUGUGGUCACUUGGUGUGGUGCACUAUUUAGUUCUCUUUGUCACACUCUAUCAGCGCUUAUCAGGUGGCAAUUCCCUUCCUCUGAUAUUAAGGCCAACGUUUUUCCUGUUCAUUGCAGCACCGAGCAUGGCAAGUUUAGCUUGGAACUCGAUUACAGGAGCUUUUGACACCACAUCUAAGAUGCUGUUUUUCUUCUCUGUAUUCCUCUUCAUGUCUCUGGCUUGCAGGCCAUCUCUUUUCAAGAAAUCUAUGAGGAAAUUCAAUGUUGCAUGGUGGGCUUACUCGUUCCCGUUAACCUUCCUUGCCAUGGCUGCUGCUGAAUACGCACAAGAGGUGAAAGGUCAUGUAGCAACUGUAUUAAUGCUUGUGUUAUCAGCACUGUCAGUUCUGGUUUUUCUUGGCUUAAUGAUGCUUGCAGCUGUCAACACUGACCAGCUGUUAGGUAAAACUGAUCCCAUAGUGAGUUUUUCCGAUAAUCAGAAAUCAAGUACUUGAGCCAGAGAA